AUCAUGGAGGUCACAGCUCUCUGCGUCACACUGAUGACGCCUGUGAUGUUGCUGCUGGUCGCACAAGUUGACUUCAGUUAUUCUCAAAAAGCAGCUUUUCCUCAGGUUGUUCCAAACAGACAGCAGCACUUUCAAUAUGAGUCCCUUGUGGUCAGCUGUGAGGGACUGGAGGGGCUGACUGGAUGGAGAGUGAUGCAGAGGAUCAAAGGAGUAGAUAAAACAUGUGCUACCGACUGGUCCAAAUCCACAGGACCCUGUGAAAUAAAAGAUGCCUAUCCAGCACUUGACAGUGGAGAAUACUGGUGUGUAAUGGGAGUAAAGACCAGUAACACUGUCAACAUCACUGUCACUGAUGGUCCAGUGAUCCUGGAGAGUCCGGUCCAUCCUGUGAUGGAGGGAGAAGCUACGGCUCUGAGCUGCAGAGUUAAGCAGGCGUCCCCCUACCUCACAGCUGAAUUCUUUAAAGAUGGCCACUUGAUGGAGAGAAGCUCUACAGAAAAUGUGAACAUCCUCACUGUUUCCAAGUCUAAUGAAGGACUCUACAAGUGCAGAAUCCCUGGAGCUGGAGAAUCACCUGUGAGCUGGCUGACUGUCAGAGGCGAGACGUAG